AAACAGUUUCUCGCUCACGUCGGAGAAGCCGCUUCCGUUUCCAACGCCGCAUUCCGGCCACACCUGCCCGUACCCCAGCCCCGCUCGCUCCGCCGCCCGGCCCGCCCGAGGAGGACCCCGCGCUCAGCCGCCCCAGCAAGCCAUGUCUGAGGAGGAUUAUUUGUGUGUGAAGACUGAGGAGGAGGAUGAAGCACUGGUUAUGGACCAUGGAGACAGUGGGCUGUCCACACAAAGUUGCAUGCCAGUGCAACAGAACUCUGAAGGAAACAGUUCUGUUCAUCACAUGAGUCAACUUGCCUAUGGAAGUGAAGGCUUGCCAGUGCUUGCUGAUCAAACGGCCUCACAAAUGAGUCAUUCUGCAAUGCAGAGAGGAACUGGUCACAGUCCUGAGAAAAUGGAUUUUGUGUUUUUGCGUAAUAAAAGAAAACGACUUUCUCCUGCUCUAGUGGAACACAAUGUGAUGAGAACCAGGGAAGAAGAAUAUGAAGAUAGUGACAGUGUCAUUUAUGAGUAUGAACCAGACUAUGAAUGUGAAAGCAUUUUAUCUGAAGCUUCUUAUACUGGAUAUCAGCAGAAUCCUCUUAUAGAGGUCCUCAGUUAUUGCCAGGCCAUGUAUGAUGCCAUUCAGAAGUUGGAUAAAAAAUUUGACUUGCUUCAUCGUAAGGUCUCGGAAAUGCAGCAUACUCGUAUAAAGCCAUUCUUGCUCAAACCUAAACCAGUUGGAUUUACAUACAGAAGUUCCAGUCAUUUGCCUUCAGGAAAAAUAAGAGUACAAAAACACAUGGAAAGAGAUUUAAGUCUUCAUCUUUCUUCAUCAGGCCAGGGAAGGCAUAGCCCACUUGUAAGGACUGCUUUUCAAAAUGGCCACGUUCAAGUCAACUCCAAGGUAAAACACGCCCCACAGAGUUUUCAGCUCGAAUCUCAGCAGCCUGUUGGAAGGCAGAGCCCACCACUCCCCACUAUAGUUUCUACACAUUCAUUACAUUCAUCAUACACAACAACUAAUGGGAUGCCUGACCUUUCACCACAAUCAAAUCUUGCUCCCAGUAUUGUGGAAAGUACUGUCAACAUUGCAUCUUCACCCGUGGCAUCACCAUCAAUACCAGCACCAUCUGAGCCCAGUCAGGAAAAUAGUGCUGUGGAGUUGAACUACAGAAAUGCAUCUGAGGAUGUGAAUAUUAGUGAAGAACUACCAUCUUCUUCAGUCUUCAUCAAUCCUAGCUUUGAGUUUGUUGGUGACCCAGCAAGAAAUGUAAAAGUUCUUGGAAACCAUUUGGUGAAGGCUCGGCAAAAGACUAAACCCAAGUAUGCAGCACGCCACUUGGUUCGUGUCUUGUUCCCCAAGAAAACUUUAUUGUGCAGCAUUAUGGGAGCGAGUGCACGAGGGCGCAGGACAUUGGAUCCAAACAAGAUUGCUGCAAUAAGAGAGUUUCUUGUAACUAACUUUCCAACCUAUGAUUUGAGCGAGCACGGAAAAGACUGGAAAACCUGCAUCACGAAUGUCAAUUCUAUGAUCCGUUCCUUACGCUCUGAAACCAAAGCAAAGACAAAUGAGAGGAAAGAAAAAGUGUCUGAUGCUCCUGAUACAUCUCAUUGUGUAGAUUUAAAUUAUUAUGAAGAUAGUGGAGACAAUUCUCAAAAUUCUCAGAAAAUGACCGGCUCCACAACUGACACAUUGCAGAAUUCAGAAUUGGAUAAGUUUUCAGAAGCUUUCCACACAUCUUUGGUCAGAAGACAACAGUCUUUGGAACCUAUGGAGCCUCUUGGGAGCCCGUGGCGCAAUGUUCAGUUGCCUUUCUCAGUCAUUUAUGUUGCUAAGGGGAAGACGCGGCCGGAGUUGUCAGCUCGCUUCCUAAUUCGUCAUAUGUUCCCUGAAGAGGUGCUGGUGAAAAGCAACGUGUAUGGUAGUCUUGAUCGUGGCAUGAGCCCACUGGAUUCCAAUAAAAUUAAUGCUCUCAGAGACUUUCUUCAAGAGAAUUUUCCCUCCUUUGAUCUAAAUGAAAGUGGAUUUGAUUGGAAGGCGUGCGUGGCUGCCAUAAACAGCACAAUCCGCAGUCUCAGACAUGAGCUUAAAAAGGCGACGUCUGGAUUCCGCCAGAGAGCCCGGGCAGUGCUGCCCUCGAGUGCAGAGUCCCCCAGAGGAUCCCACUCCCGUAAAGCCAGUGGAAAGCAUCUCUCAGAUUGAAGUUCUCUAGCAUGUCUCAAAUCUUAACUUAGCAGGUUUUUAUUAAUUCUGUGUAGAAGCCUGUAAUAUCGAGCUGUCCUAUUCAACUGACUUGUCAGCAGCACUAAAUAGCAUCACUUCAUGAAACCAAACUUAGCAGGUGGCUUGGGAGCCCUAACUCUUUGCAUGGGUAGUGUUUGUGCUCCUCAGAAAUUAUUUUCGGUGUUCCCUCUCGCUUUUGCAAUGUGCUCUCUCCUAAAAGCAUCUUCUUCUCAUGAUUCAUUGAAUCUGAAAGAUUAAUCUGGUUAGAAAAGAUGCAGUAUGCAUCAAUUCAGCAGAAGCAGAUGGAAAAGAGGAGAGGAAAGAAUGGUCCUCCUUGGAGGGUGAAUCAUAGCCAGCUAAAUUAUCUCAUUAUGUAUGAGGUAUGAAAUUUGCUUUGACAAUUGGAUAUCUUCAGUGAAAAUGUCAGAAAGGAAAAAAUAUCUUUAAUUGCAUUUAAUUUGACUUGUUGUAUUGGGACUUGAUGAUCUUUGAGGUCUUUUCCAACAUUAAUGAUUGUAUGAUCUCUCACAUUUUUGCCUCCUGUAUCAGUGUUUUUUGAGGAUAAGAGGCAAACAACAGUGCAAGUACAGCUGGUAAUGUAUGGGGGGAAUGAUGCCUUAAGUUUUAGCUUUCAUAUUUUCCAGAUUCUGCAUUAGUAUAUAACUCUAAACUCCAACUAAAAUGUUAGCAAGUUCUCAUCGCAGUUUCCUUAGAGAAAACAAUCCUUUUCCAAUGUCCAACCAAGGGCAUUGUUUCAGCUUCAGGCCCAUAAGGUACAAGCAACAGCGAAUUGAGGAGAGCAAACUGGGAGGAUGGGCCUUCGUAAGCUAAAGCUGUAAUUGGACAAUUAACCAAAAUAUUUAAAUUGGCCGAUGAAGAAAAUAUCACACUCCAGCAUGGUGUGGAUGGAUGGAGGCAGAGAUCUCUGAAGCUUGCUCUUGGGGAAAGAGGUUUAUUGGGGGUGCAGGAGGGUCCUGCCUCGUGCUCCCAGGGGCAGCAUG